AUGGAACUAGACCAGCCCGAACGCCCUCAAGCCGCCGCUCCAAGUUCCAAUGACGCCCUUACAGCGAUGGGUGCGACUGCCGUACGUUCGAUCGAAGGCUGGAUCAUCAUCGUCACCAAUGUACACGAAGAAGCUAGCGAGGAGGACCUACUGGACAUGUUUGGAGAAUUUGGCACAAUCAAAAACUUGCACCUGAACCUGGACCGAAGAACUGGUUAUGUCAAGGGCUACGUCCUUAUCGAAUAUCCCACGCUCGACGAAGCGAAAGCAGCCAUCAAGGGCGCCAACGGCCACGAGCUCCUGGAGCAGAAAGUGUCAGUCGACUUCGCGUUCGUACGGCCGCCGCCGGCCAACAAGGGUGGACGAGAUCGCGACAGGCGGGGAGGCGGACGUGGCGGUAGGGGUCGAAGCCGGAGCCCGGAUAGGGAUACAGGUGAUGCGGAAGAAUGA